AUGGAUGAUGACGGCUUUCAAGCUUCAACCCCGAUGAACCGGACCCGACGGAAAAGCUGUGUCACUUGGAUGGGGCGGAGGCUUAAUCAUUCGGAUGUCGAUGGCAAGUUGGCUACAACACAGCAAUUACCUGAGGCAAAGGAUAUUUCACCGCGCAUCCACCUCUGGAGUGCUGCUAUGAACGCAGAUGCCCCUGGGAUGCGGAGCAAAAGCGACCAGCGUGACCUUCAAAAUUUUGCCUCCGCUGGGUGUAGAGAUGACGCUGAAUGCCCAGAAUUCUGCUCGCCUACAUCGGGUUCCGCCAUACGCUAUUUCUAUAAAAAAGGUCAGUUCCACCGAAACCGUGACCAUAUCAUUCAGAUUGAGGCACGAGGACCGGGGGGUAUCAAAUUAAAUAUAUUUCAGCAAAAAAGCCAGUUGUUCAAAGUUCAUCCAGCGAGCGCCCCCCCAACUAACAUUUGGCCAAACAAAACUGCGCCUUUGCCACCACACGCAGAAAGUACAGAUGGAGCCAGCCUUUUAAGCGAGAUGCAGAUGAUUGGGUACGAAGCUUCCAGGAUUCGAGAUCAACAUCCCGAGGUUGGGUUCAUCUCGAGCUCACAACGGAUAUGGGUUUGA